UCCGGUCGAAAAUGGUAUGCCAUCAGAGAUCGCCAACUGUAUAAACAGACUAACGCCUGUAGUUAACACCACGGAUGCGAAGAAAGUGCCCGGACUUGGAACGCCACAGGAUGUCUACCUGUAUUGUCUCCAGCAGUUCGUGUGGAGAGCGGACAUGGUGCGAUGGGAGGACUACGACAUAACUAAGAAAGACAAGGACUUCGUCAACGGCCUUCUUGCAUCUAUGAUGAAUCCAACAGGGGAGACCAACUCAAGAAACAAGCGUCAAGUUGGCGUCUUCAACCCUCCAGUGACAGGUUUCCGCAUCCGAAGGGAAUACAGAGUUUUAAACGACACAGAAAGAAACGCGUUUCAUAGUGUAUUGCGAACAAUGAAAACGAAUGGGGAGUAUGACAUGUUCGCAAAUCUCCACAUGGGCGGUGUAUCAACUUCUGCCCACGGGGGUCCGAACUUUUUCGGGUGGCACAGAGUAUAUCUAGUUUUGUUAGAGGAAGCUAUGCGAAGAAUUGACAGAACAGUUUCCCUCCCAUACUGGGACUCAACGCUCGACUUUGAAAUGGACAAUCCAGCAAACACAAUCUUGUUCUCAACGGAGUUUUUGGGAAACGGAUACGGAUUUGUCACCACGGGACCAUUCGCCAACUGGACAACCUCACAAGGUCAGUUAAGAAGGAAUAUAGCCGGCGGCAGUCGUCUGAUGACUAGAAAUGCUAUCAAUUUGAUCUUGACGCGUUGCCGGACUCGCCAAAUAUCUCGCCCUACUGCCACUGCGACAUACGACCUUGAGUUAGAACACGGAGGCCCUCAUGUUUGGGUCGGUGGACAGAUGCAGGGUUUAAACACAGCCGCCCACGACCCCAUAUUUUUCCUCCAUCACGCAUUUAUAGACAAUAUAUGGGAAAGGUUCCGCGUCCGCCAAUCAUCUGCAUGUGGAGUAAAUCCUAGCAUUGAUUAUCCAUCAGCUACUGGCCAACAUGCCCCAAAUAGAAUAAUGGACGGAAUACCAGAAUACAGAAAUAUUGAUGGUUAUAGCAACUACUGGACUACUAAUUGGUUUAACUACGAACCUGCUCUGAGUUGUCCGUCGUGUGGCGCAUCUCCCUAUAUAAGAUGCAACACGGCCCGCAAUGUGUGCGUGUCCAUUGCACGUACACUUGUUCCACAAGAAGGAGCCCUAGUGGGUGGAACUUUAGCGUUCUCCCCUGCUGAAACGGCAUCAUCGAUUGAUGCAGUUGAAGCAAGAGAACUGGAAGCAAUUCUCGACGUCGGUCCAGUUUUCGCAGCCCCUCCCGCUGAACCCAGAACGCAGAGGGGUCAGAUGGCCCGCAUGGCAGAAGCGGCCCGCUUAGGAAACGCCAGUCGUCCUUAGAAAAGGGCGAUACCGUAGUUCUACGUUCAUAUUAUUGCAUGGUACAUUAGUACUUCAAUGUACAACUUUACGUUCUUCUUGGUGCAAUGGAAUAUAUUGCAUCAUAUAUACACAGAGUGUACUAUUAUUGUUCAUUCGUAAAAUAAAAUGUAAAGCACUAAAAUUAUUCCUUUUAAUAU